AUGGAAAUUGAAGAAACAAAUCAAGACUUACAAUUAGCACCACUAUAUGAAACCAGUUCAUCUUCUGAAUCCAAGUUACGAAAACUACGUACAAUAUACAAAACUCAACCUGAAGAAAAUAUUCUAGAACAACUUGAGACAUACAAAAACUCAACUGUAUUACCUAGAGAUUUUGUCAAUAAGCUAGUUCAAGAAUUUAAAUUCAAACCCGACAAAAAAUUCAAAAAUGAUCAAGAUGAUAAUGUUACUAAUACAAAUGACCAAAGUGCGUUUUUUAAGUUUAUCGAAGGUAGAAGAUUUCAUAAUAUCGAAGGUGUACACUAUCCAUUUCCCAAUGAUGACGAUGAAUGUGAUAGAUUACAUCUUCAGCAUUUCUUAAAUAAACAUGUAUGGCAGAACAAUUUCUCUUCACCAAUUGCUCAUAUUUUAAAAAAAUCAAGCACAAAGGUUCUCGAUAUUGGCUGUGGAGCAGGUUCUUGGAUACUUGAAAUGUCAACAACCUACCAAGAUGCCAAAUUCAUAGGCCUGGACAUCACACCACAUCAACCUUCAAAAAUCAAACCAAAUAAUCUUUCGUUUGUUCAGGCAAAUGCAUUAGAAGGACUUCCAUUUAAUGAUAAUGAAUUUGAUUUUAUAUUUCAACGAUUGUUAUUUUCUGGAUAUCCCGAAUCAAAAUGGCCAUUUGUGGUAGAUGAAAUGGUGAGGGUAUUGAAACCUGGUGGAUAUUUGGAGUUGACAGAAGCAGAUCCGUCAAUAAAACAGACAGGACCUGCUGGAACGCGUCUUUUUGCUGGCAAAGGUGGUGCGGACAUAAAUGCAUGUUAUAAAUUACAAAAGUAUGUAACAGAACAAGGAAAUCUUGAAAAUAUAAAGCAAGAAGUAAAGAAUAUGUAUCAUGGUAAACAGAAUGGAAGGCUUGGAGAAGUGUCAAUUGAAAACACCAUGUGUGCAAUGAAAAACCUAAAAACACAAAUAAUGAACAUAAUGCAGGUAUCUUCUAAAGAGUAUGAUGAGAUUAUUAAAAUAGCAACAGAAGAAAUAAGAGAAUUAAAUUCUUAUUAUCCUAUGAUUCGUGUUUAUGCAAGUAAAAAGUUUGAAACUAAAUAA